AUGGUCACGGCCAGCCACAAUCCCGCGCAGGACAAUGGUGUCAAAUUGGUUGACCCAAUGGGUGAAAUGUUGGAAGCUGAAUGGGAGGAACACGCGACAAAGCUCGCCAACGCUCCGUUGGAUAAGAUUGCCGAUGUGUAUGAAAAACUGAUUCAGGAGAUCGACGUCAACAUGGAGAACCCGGCUCGUGUGGUUUUCGCCCGGGACACUCGUGCAUCUGGCUCUCGUCUGGUCAGUGUGCUCAAUGCUGCACUUACCGCUACAGAGGUCGAGUUUGCCGACAUGAAAUAUAUGACCACCCCUCAAUUGCACUAUAUCGUCCGUUGCAAGAACACUCUUGGGACACAGUAUGAGUACGGUGAGCCUACCGAGCAGGGUUAUUAUGAAAAGCUUGCCGAGGCUUUCAAGAGAGUGAUGAGGGGCAUCAAGGUCAAGGGAGGCCUGACUGUCGACUGUGCAAACGGCGUUGGUGGACCUAAAUUGAGGGAAAUAAUCAAAUACUUGCCUAGUGCUGAGGAGGGUGGUCUUGAUAUCAAAGUCGUCAACGACGACGUCAUCAACCCCGACAGCCUGAACUUCGAGUGCGGCGCCGAUUUUGUGAAGACCAAGCAACGUGCUCCUCCAUCUUCAAAGGCCGCUGUUCUCGACCGUUGCGCCUCCUUGGACGGUGACGCGGACCGUCUGGUCUACUAUUUUGUUGAUGAGAGCAACGUCUUCCGCCUCCUUGACGGUGAUCGCAUUGCCACUCUGGCCGCCUCCUUCAUUGGCGACUUGGCCCGAAGCGCUGGUAUUGCGCAAAACCUCAAGAUCGGUAUCAUUCAAACUGCUUACGCGAAUGGCUCCAGCACGGAUUACAUUGAGAAGGUGUUGAAGCUUCAGUCCGUCUGCACUAACACCGGUGUUAAACAUCUCCACCAUGCCGCUAUGCGCUUCGACGUUGGCGUUUACUUUGAAGCCAACGGCCAUGGUACCAUUACUUUCUCUGAGAACGCCCUGAAGACCAUCAAGAGCGCCGAGCCUCAGUCCCCGGCCCAGCAACGCUCGAUUGAAUGUUUGCAAGGUCUCACUGACUUGAUCAACCAAGCGGUCGGUGAUGCAAUCUCUGACAUGCUCCUGGUUGAAGCUAUCCUUGCCCACAAGUCAUGGAGCCCCAAGGAAUGGCUUGGAACUUAUACAGACCUUCCUUCCCGUCUCGUCCGCGUCGAGGUUGCUGAUCGCUCCAUCUUCAAGGCUUAUGAUGCAGAGCGUAAGCUUGAGUCACCUCCAGGCCUCCAGACCAAGAUCGAGUCCCUCAUGUCUCGGUACAACAAGGGACGGAGUUUUGCACGUGCAAGUGGUACCGAAGAUGCAGUCCGUGUCUAUGCAGAGGCAGCCAGCCGGUCUGAAGCGGACGACCUGGCCACCCGUGUUGCCAACGCGGUUCGCGAAGCUGGCUCGGUCAAGGAAAUCUUGCAAGCUUCUUGA